UAGACAAAAUUAGUGUGAUACACUAUUUCAAAACUGAUACACAUUAGUCAACGAAAGGGGAGACUGAGAUUUAAUAAAAUGCAAGGAGGAAGAAGAGAAGUAGUCAAUAAUUACGAUCUACAACAAGUGACAUCGUCGACGACGAUCCAAGAGAAUAUGAACUUCCUCGUUCCAUUUGAAGAAACCAAUGUCUUAACCUUCUUCUCUUCUACUUCUUCUUCCUCUUCUCUCCUCUCUCCUUCUUUCCCUAUUCACAACUCUUCUUCUACUACGAAUACUACUCAAGCACCUCUAGGAUUUUCGAAUAAUCUUCAGGUUGGAGGACACUUGGGAUCAAAGGUGGUCAAUAAUGAUCACGAGAAUAUCAGAGGUGGAAUCAACAAUGAUGUUCAUUCUAAUUCUUGGUGGAGAUCAAGUAGUGGCUGUGGAGAGAUGAAGAACAAAGUGAAGAUAAGGAGGAAACUAAGAGAGCCAAGAUUCUGUUUCCAGACAAAAAGUGAUGUCGAUGUUCUCGACGAUGGCUACAAAUGGCGUAAAUAUGGUCAGAAAGUCGUCAAGAACAGCCUUCACCCAAGGAGUUAUUACAGAUGCACACACAACAACUGUAGGGUGAAGAAGAGAGUGGAGCGACUGUCCGAAGACUGUAGAAUGGUCAUUACUACUUACGAAGGUCGUCACAACCACAUUCCCUCUGAUGACUCCACCUCUCCUGACCAUGAUUGUCUCUCUUCCUUUUAAUCUCUCUCCCUAAAUAUAUAUAGACAAAUUAAAAUAGCUGUGUGAUAUGUUGCAUGUGUUUAUUAUUUGGGGUCAAAUUGUAUGUGUGUGUUUUAAGAAUAUAUCAUCAGAUGUUUUAUAUUAUUGACUUUUUUGUUUAAAAUAUACAUAUAUAUACACUCGAAGUGGAUAUUA